CCUAUAAAUACCGCAGUUCAGCUCCUGUGUUUCUCAUUCAAAACCUUCCUUUCCAUCUACCUUCUAACUACUCUCCCCCACAAGAAAAAAAAAAUGAGGACACUCAGCGUCUCUUACAAGUCAGCAGCAGCAGAAGCAACAAUGGCGGCGAAGGCCGCAUUUUCACCGGAGGCAAACCCACAAGAGAAAUCUCCAUGGCACUCUCCGGUGCCCUAUCUGUUCGGCGGUCUGGCGGCGAUGCUGGGUCUGAUUGCUUUUGCUCUCCUCAUCUUGGCUUGCUCUUACUGGAGACUCUCUUCUCGCUCGGACAACAGCAACGCUGAAGGUCAAGACAUAGAUAGCGAAGGUGAAAAACAAGGAGAGUGCUGUGACAAGGCAAUGGACAAGGUUUAUGAGGAGAAGAUCCUGGUAAUAAUGGCCGGCAACGAGAAGCCCACGUUCUUGGCUACUCCUGUGUCGAGCAAAGCUUCUUCCUUUGCUGACAAAGAUGGGAAAAUGGAGAAGAAUGAAGCAGAGAAAAUGGAGAAUGGAGAAAAACCAAAGGAGGUGAUUGGUUAUAAUCAAAAUCAACAAAUGCCAACACAAGAAGAAAACAGACAAACUCAACAACAACACAACCUGUGAUCCUGGCUUAUUUUCUCUUGAUUACCUAAUUAACAUCUAUUUGCAGAGAAGGACACAGAGAAAAAAACAAGAGUGAGCUGUUUUGCUUUUUACUUUUUUUUUUUUUUUUUUUUUUUUUUUU